AUGAGAGUUGAACCCGCGACCACUAAGACCAAAGAAACAGUUGCCCAGGUGACCUACCAGUCGCUCUUCCGCCUCUACAGCAAGGUGUCUGGGAUGACAGGCACCGCCAAGACUGAGUCGCUCUUCCGCCUCUACAGCAAGGUGUCGGGGAUGACAGGCACCGCCAAGACGGAGGAGGAGGAGUUCAAGCGCAUAUUCGGCAUGCCAGUGGUCGUCAUCCCCACCAACCGCCCCAACAUCAGAAAGGACCUUGACGUUGUAGUUUUCCUGCAAGCGCGCAACAAGGUGCAUCAUGUCAUUCAGGAGAUUGUCAAAAUGAACCAACUCGGCCGUCCUGUGCUUGUUGGGACAUCCAGUGUGGACGAGUCAGAGCGCCUCUACGCCAUGCUGCAGGUGGAGCAUCCUCGUCGGUUUGCCCACAUUCAAGUUCUUAACGCUCGGCCCGAAAACGCAGCGCGCGAGGCAGAGAUUGUGGCGCAGGCAGGGCGGUUUAGAGGCAUCGCAUCUCUAACACUCUUGAGUCGACUAAUAAAGAAUCUUGCCUCUCCCGCACUCCCCCUUCUCUACUCCCCCCCUCCCCACUCCUUCUCCCUCCAACACGCAGCGCGUGAGGCGGAGAUCGUGGAGCAGGCUGGGCGGUUUAGAGGCAUCACCAUCUCAUCUCCACCAACACUUUUGAGUCGACUCAAAAUUUCUUGCCUCUCCCACACUCACCCCCCUCGCCUCCUCCCCUCCACCCUUCCCCUUGGCCCCCAGAAUGCAGCGCGUGAGGCAGAGAUCGUAGCGCAGGCGGGGCGGUUUGGAGGCAUCACCAUCUCCACCAACAUGGCUGGCCGUGGCACUGACAUUGUGCUGGGCGGCAAUCCCGAGGCUGGAGGCAUCACCAUCUCAACCAACAUGGCUGGCCGGGGCACGGACAUUGUGCUGGGCGGCAAUCCCGAGCUCCUGAGCAAGGAGGUGGUGAAGUGGGCACUGUUUGAAGCGCCAGCAGCCACAGCGGGGAACUACUCGGCUUUCAAGAAAGGCCCACAUGCGGUGCGGCGCAGCGUGGCAGCGGACUGGUCGGAGGCGCAGCAGCAGGCUGUGCUAGAGCAGGCAGAGACACAGGCUUUAAGGCCGUCAGCCACUCCUGGGGCUGGCGAGGGCAAGGAGGAGGGUUGGGAAUGGGGGGAACGCAGGGAGGAGGCGGGCGCAGGGAUGUGGGGAGGAGAUGCUGCAGAGGACACCGGAAUGAGCCCUCUACCCUGGCGGACCGGUGAAAUCGACAGCACCACCAGCAGCAGUAUCAGCAACGGUAGUGGUAUCAGCAGCCGGAGUGGUGGCUUCAGCAGCAGCAGCAGCAGCAGCGGGGAGGGGGAGGGGGACGAGAGCGAUGAGGACGAUGCAGAAGUGUGGGGGGGAGGCGGAGGGGUGCUGGGAGUGCGGGCGGUGCCACGGUCGAUGCAGGAGAUGGUGGUGAGAGUGGUGGGGCGGGCGCUGGGGAGGGUGAGUGCGGACUGCAAGGCGCACUGCCAGGAGGAGGGCGAGUAUGUGCGCUCGCUGGGAGGGCUUCAUGUCAUCGGCACUGCUCUCAGCGAGUCAAGGCGAAUCGACAACCAGGUGAGAGAAGGUCCUUUGGUCUGCGGUAGCAGCGGUGCCGCAGUGAAGCAAGAGAUGGAGGUUCUGGAUUUGGGGAGUGCAGCUCCUUUGGUCGUCUGCACGAGUGCGGGCGGUGCUGAGGUUGAUGCAGGAGAUGGUGGUGAGAGUGGUGGGGCGGGCGCUGGGGCAGGUGAGGGUGGUGGUGGUGUGGGAAGGCUUAUUGCAGAGAGCGCUGGGGGGGGGAUGGGGAUUGCAAGGCGCACUGCCAGGAGGAGGACGAGUAUGUGUGCUCUCUGGGGGGGCUUCAUGUCAUCGGCACUGCGCUCCGUGAAUCCAGGCGGAUUGACAACCAGGCUCUCUGGAGAGGGUGCUGCGCUGGGGCGGGUGAGUGCGGACUGCAAGGCGGACUGCCAGGAGGAGGGCGAGUACGUGCGCUCGCUGGGGGGACUUCAUGUCAUCGGCACUGCUCUGAGCGAGUCUAGAAGAAUCGACAACCAGUUGAGGGGCAGGGCAGGUCGCCAGGGCGACCCUGGGUCAACACAGUUUAUCAUCAGCAUGGAGGAUGAUAUGAUGAGGGAGGUGCUGCCAGACUCCUCUCGAGCCAUGCUGGAGCAGCUGCUGUAUACGGGCGACUUUGAUGAGGGCUUUCCCCACAUGGCGCUCACGCUCGCUUUGGUGCAGACGCAGAAGACCAUCGAAGCUGCCAUGUUCGAGCGGCGGAGGCAAAUGCUUGACUACGAUCAGGUCUUUGAGCCAGUGGCGUCAUGGCCCAUCGACACCUUGCUCAAGCGCCUUUCUCGCACCACUGGCAUAGACAUCUCCCAGUACGUGGAUGCCACCUCCCUCAGCUCCGCCCUUUCCCACUCCCCUCCACCGAACGCCGGCCACCGCUGGGACCUCAGAAAGCACCUCCCCCACGUCCUGCCUCCCCUGCCUGAGGUGCUGCCGGCUUUUGGGGUAGGCUCCAACUCUGCUGCUGCUGGUGCUGGUGCUGCUGCUGCUGCUGCUGCUGCUGCUGCUGCUGCUGCUGCUGGUGCUGCUGCUGCUGCUGGUGCCGGUGGUGCGGCGGGUGCGGCUGCUGUUGGAAGUGCAAAUAAGAGGGAGGAGGAGGAGGAAGGGGGAGAGGCGGAAGCAAUGCGGGAGGAGCUGAGAUGGAGAGAGAUUCUUCGUGACUCUCCUGACCUGAGGGGCAGAUCAUCAAAGCACCUGGCAGCGCUGCGCAAGUACCUGGGAGACGUGGUGGUCACGAGCUACAGGGCCCACCUUGCUCUCUUCGUUGCAUCACCCCAGCAGAUGGAGCUCUUUGAGAGAGAGUCGCUGCUGUCGACACUGGACCGGCUGUGGAGCGUGCACAUCGCAAACAUGGCACGGCUGAGGAACGCGGUGAGCGUGCAGGGCUUUGGGAGAGAGAACCCACUAGAGGAGUUCAAGAUCGAGGGCACACGCUUCUUCAUCUCCACGCUCUUCGCCAUGCGGAGGGAGAGCGUGCAGGCGCUGCUCUCUGCUUUCCUGGCGGACACAGAGGGGGAAAUUGAUGGUGGUGGAGGGAAUGCGGUUGGGCACGCACACGCUUGCUUCUUCAUCUCCACGCUCUUCGCCAUGCGGAGGGAGAGCGUGCAGGCGCUGCUCUCUGCUUUCCUGGCGGACACAGAGGGGGAAAUUGAUGGUGGUGGUGUGAAUGUGGUGUAG